CAUAAUCGAUUUUACGUUACGACAACAACAGCCGUUAUAUUAUUGCAAGAUAUUGGAGAUACAGACAGUCGCUCACAUUACAGAAUGAUGGUUACGAAAGGCAGGAGCGAAUACCGGGAGGCGUUCCGAGAGCACCCCCUCCCAGCCAGGGUGAACUGCAAACCGGAGUACGAGGUCGUGCGAGAGGAAGGCGUCAUCGAGGGGGUGACCACGUCCAGAAAGGCGUUUGGUUUGCCAAUGAAGGCGAAGAAGACGGCGCCGUGCAAGCCUGCGGACGGCUACUGGCAACCAAAGGGAGACCACUGCAUGGUGACGUCGUACAUGGCGGGCUACCCAGGUAAGACCGCAGAACGAGUGAAACCCGUGCAGACGAUUACGAAAAACGGAUACAAGACAAAAUUUGUGGCAGAGCCUGUGUAUAAAACUGAUUACGUUCAGCUGGAAUUACCAGAACGCUUUGUGAGAGAAAAGGAAACGUACACCCCGUCGAAACACAAGUUUCAAGGGGAGUCAACCGUGAGGUCUGAUUUCCCGCCACGGAGCUCCCGUCCCCGAGAGAGCUUCAAGCAAACUCUAUCUCUGACCAGUGUGUUCAUGAAGAGUGACGGCCCUUUCCCAAACAAAACGGUCUACAAAGACGCCUUUCCAUUCCACGAGAUUCCUUCCAUCGAGAAAUCUACACCACACGCUUAAGUUGUAUAAUGGACUAUUAAUGAAAUUUAAAACAUUUCUGUAAUGGACGUUAAUAAAUUCAGUAAUUGUUCAAAAACAAAACGGAAAAACAAGUUUUAUAUUACUGUAGUUUAUAAGAAAAUCGAAAAUAAAACAUUUAGAGAUUUUAACCAUGA